AUGGCCAUGUUUACCAGCAAAUCCGAUCGAAUUAAAGCCAAGCUCCUUAUUCUUGUGGGGAAAUUAAUCCGGACUAAGGACCCGUCGUCAGAUCUCCUGGACUCUGGGGUAGAUAAUAAACUCAAGAAAUGCUUGACAACGUUUGACUUGAUCUCUUUGGGGGUUGGAAGUUGUGUGGGGACAGGAAUGUAUUUGGUAUCGGGGAUGGUGGCCAGAAAUGUAGCCGGACCUGGAGUCGUUUUAUCAUUUCUAAUCGCUGCUGUGGCAUCACUCUUUUCAGGUGUAUGUUAUGCUGAGUUCGGUGUUCGAGUCCCUCAUACUACUGGUUCAGCAUACAUGUACAGUUAUGUUACUGUAGGAGAAUUCAUAGCUUUUGUUAUUGGCUGGAACAUGAUAUUAGAAUAUCUCAUUGGAACUGCUGCCGGAGCAUGCGCAAUCAGUGCAUGUGUAGAUGCCAUGUGUGGUGGUGCUAUCAAUGACGUCAUCAGAAACAGUUUGGGAACAAUUAUAGGUCAUACCCCAGAUAUUCUUGCAGCGUUUGUAACUGUUCUCAUGACAGUGCUUCUAGUAGCGGGAGUUAAAAAAUCCCUUCUCUUUAACAAUAUACUCAAUACACUGAACUUGUCAGUGUGGAUUUUUGUGAUGGGGGCUGGGCUUUUCUACGUUGACAUAAACAACUGGACUAGUCAUGGAGGCUUCUUGCCAUAUGGCUGGUCAGGGGUUUUGUCGGGUGCAGCUACUUGCUUCUACGCCUUCAUCGGAUUCGACAUCAUAGCAACCACUGGGGAGGAAGCCGAAAACCCGCAACGAUCAAUUCCAAGGGCUGUCAUCGCUAGUUUGGUCAUUGUACUGACCGCUUAUAUUACGUCUAGCAUGAUUAUGACUCUUGUGGUUCCCUACGACCAAAUAAUCGCCGAGUCAGCUCUAGUCGAAGUUUUUGGACAGGUAGGAGCCCCAAAAUCGAAGUUUAUUGUGGCUUUUGGCGCCUUAGCUGGACUAAUCGUUAGCAUGUUCGGUUCCAUGUUCCCUAUGCCUCGUGUUGUUUAUGCUAUGGCAAAGGACGGCCUGAUCAUCAGGUCACUUUCUCAAGUGUGGCCUUACACGGGAACACCAGCUAUUGCUACUUGUGUUUUUGGAGCUGCCACUGCUUUCGUGGCCAUUGUUAUGAGCUUGGAUGUGUUGGUAGAGAUGAUGUCAAUAGGUACCCUAAUGGCUUACACCUUGGUAUCGACUUGUGUUCUGAUCCUGCGGUACCAACCUCACAACACCACUCUGGUGGAACUUCUUCCUGAGUCCAUCAGGUCAGCGUGCCCCACCCCCUGUAAAGAGAUAGCAACGCCCAUUGUUGACUUAAGAACAAUGAUUCAUUCGAAGCGAAGUAAUCGAACGAAUUCUUCCGACAGUGAAGACUCCCAAAUAGACAAGACCCAAAAUCUUGAUAAACCUGAAGAUCUUGAUUUUCUUGUGUCGAACGGAAGCGCGGAGAACUACAGCUAUGGAGCAGUCCACCGGGAGUCUUUCUUAAGGUCCAGGAUAUCUGACCUCUUCCAGAAAAUUUUUCAUAAAAUAAUGACACGUCUUUUUCCCUACGAAUGGAUUGUACCCAAACCUCCGACAGAGGCCUCUGGACAGUUUGUAAUGAAGAUAGUUGGAUUGCUAUAUCUUCUGAUAAUCAUCUUCGAUUUGAUUAUUGUCUGUGCAAUGCCUGCUUUAGAAAACAAUGAUACAACGACACUGAUGUUUCUAUUUUUGUGUCUUGUGGGAAUUGUCCUUUGUUUGAUUGUUAUCAGCCUUCAGCCUCAGACAAAGUAUGAACUCAAGUUCAAAGCCCCCGGGGUUCCGAUAGUUCCGGCAGUUGCUAUUAUUGUGAACAUCUACUUAAUAUUUAAACUAUCUGUUCUAACUUUAAUUAGAUUCACUGUGUGGAUGACUGUAGGACUUUUAAUGUAUUUCCUAUAUGGAAUUAAAAAAAGUUCGCUGGAAUGCCUUCCUCAGCCUGCCAUGGAAAUGAAAAUACCACAAAGUAGGAGAGAAAAGGCAUUGAAAUAUUCCCAAGAAAACGACGAAACAGAACGAAGCGCGGGCAAUUCGACUACACUUUCACAAAAGUAUUUAUCAUUGCCAACUGAUGGCGCUAACAGUUUAAUAAACUUAAACUACCAACCAAGUGAAAGAGAUCAAAUUGUAAAUCCAGUUAGAAAUUCUUGGGACACAUUUGAGUGA